CUAGUCGAAUUGGCAAACCUGAACCGGCGAAAUACUCCAGAACUGAGCAGAGUGUCUCCUGAAUCAUGAACAGGGGAUGAAGCUGCCGUCGUGGCUCACCGCCGUGCCGCCGGACCCUCGCGUGUACGGCAACCUCAUUCAGCUCUGCGCCGACUCCGGCCACCUCGCCGCCGGCCGGCAGCUCCACACCCGCCUCGUCACCCUCUCCGUGAUCCCCUCCAACUUCCUCGCAUCCAAGCUCAUCUCCCUCUACUCCAGGACCGGACGCCUGCACGACGCCCGCAGGGUGUUCGACGCCAUCCCCCAGCCCAGCCUCUUCGCCUGGAACGCCAUCCUCAUCGCGCUCUCCCUCCACUCGCCCGAUCCCUCCGCGGCGCUGCGCCUCUUCGCUGGCUCCGGCGUAUCCCCCGACGAGGUCACAAUCUCCGCGCUCCUCAAGUCCCUCGCCGCAUCCGGUCCGGGCCUAUCCCCGCUCGUCGCCGGGGAGCUCCACGCCCUCGCGUUCCUGCGUGGACUCGGCGCGGACCAGUUCGUGUCCAAUGGGCUCAUCACCGCGUACGCCAACGCUGGGGACAUGCGUGCUGCUCGGGUGGUGUUUGAUGAAAUGCCACACAGGGAUGUCGUGUCCUGGAACUCGCUUAUAUCCGCGUACAGUCGUGGAGGCUGGUACCGGGAGUGUCUGGAGUUGUUCCAUGAGUUGGUGCAGGCUCGUGCUGGAGGCGGCGUUCAGCCAAACAGCGUCACGGUGACAAGCGCGCUGCAUGCUUGUGCCCAGCUCAAGGCCUUUGAUUUCGGUGUUGAUGUGCUGAGGAUUGCUGAUGAGAUCAGGCUUGAUAUGGACGUUGCAGCGUGGAACUCAGUAGUAGAGUUUUACGCCAAAUGUGGGCGGUUGCAGCAUGCACGGCAGUUGCUUGAAAGGAUGCCUAAGAAAGAUGCAGUCAGCUACAGCGCCAUGAUUACCGGUUACAUGAACAGUGGGCAUGUCGAUGAGGGAAUGGAUCUUUUCCGGCAAGCAGAUGCUAAAGGCAUCAACACUUGGAAUGCAUUGAUUUCUGGAUUGAUUCAAAAUGGACGACAGUCUGAUGUUCUAGGAUUGCUGCAUGAGAUGAUGGGUGCUAGCAUACUCCCAAAUGCAGCUACACUCUCGAUCAUCAUGCCUUCAGUUCCGCUGUUCUCAACGCUACUGGGAGCAAAGCAAGCUCAUGGUUAUGUGAUCAGAAAUGGUUAUGUUCAGAGCAACCAUGUUGUGAGUGCACUGAUCGAUAGUUACUCAAAAGCUGGAUUUCUUGAUAUAGCCAGGAAGGUGUUUGAAUUGAAUGAGAAUAGAAGCACAUUUGCCUGGACGUCGAUCAUAUCGGCUGUAGCAGCUCAUGGAGAUGUUACAGAAGCUUUGGCCCUGUUCGAUCAGAUGGUCAGUGCGGGCACUAGACCUGAUACUGUAACUUUCACUGUUGUGCUUAAUGCAUGUGCUCAUGCAGGUAUGGUAGCCGAAGCUCGUGAACUUUUUCACUCCAUGCAAGCUGUGUUUGGCAUCAGUCCUGUGAUGGAGCAGUACGCUUGCAUGGUUUCUGUGCUCAGCCGUGCUGGUAUGCUUAAGGAUGCGCUUGAGCUUGUAAACAAGAUGCCUUUUGAGCCGAAUGCAAAGGUCUGGGGUGCAUUGUUUAGUGGAGCAGCAGCAGCUGGUGAUGUUGAGCUUGGUCGGUUUGUGUUUGAUCGGCUGUUCAUAAUUGAGCCUAAGAACACAGGUAACUACGUUGUGAUGGCUAAUCUGUACUCAAAUGCUGGCAAAUGGGAAGAAGCUGAAAUCAUAAGGAGCAUGCUGUGGGGAGUUGGAUUGGAAAAAGUUCCUGGGUGUAGCUGGAACUGAGGGGAUCUAUGGUCUGCUAGGAUUAGUUGCUGCAGAUACAUUGUUAGCAAAGCGGACAGCAUAAACUUAAAAAUUCAGUUGUUGGUAGAUUAAUUGAGUUGAGUUUAUAUACAAGAGCCUGGUAUCAACCUAGCAGUCUAAUGAAGACAAUUUAUAGUGAUAACGUUCAACAGAUCUAACAGUUGAGAUGUGAUUAUCAAGCUUGAUAGCACAGCAGCCUUUUGUAGUUACCUGACUACAGCAGUCUGCACCCAAUUGUCAAUCAUAUGUUCUGGUGAGAUUUUGUUUCGUCAUCUCCGUUCUGGAUUUAUGUGAUGAUGGGUGUUAGUAUACUCUCAAAUGCACCUACACUCUCGAUCAUAGUGCCUUCAGUUCCGCUGUUCUCAACACUACUGGGAGCAAAGCAAGCUCAUGGUUAUGAUCAGAAAUGAUUAUGAUUGGAGCAACAAUGUCACGAGCGCACUGAUCGAUGCUUACUCAAACGCUGAAUUUCUUGAUAUAUCCUGGAAGGUGUUUGAACUGAAUGAGAAUACACAUUUGCCUGGACAUCUAUCGUAUCGGCUGUUGCAGCUCAUGGAGAUAUUACAGAGGCUCUGGCCCUGUUCAAUCAGAUGGUCAGUACAAGGCGCUAGGCCUGAUAUUGUAACUUUCACUGUUGUGCUUAAUGCAUGUUCUCAUGUGGGCAAGGUAGCUGAAGCUCAUGAUUUUUUUCACUCCA